UUUACCUAGGUAAGUAAACUCUGGUACCUCGGUAAACCGUUCAAGUCUAAACACAGCAUAAUCAGUUCCAGUCAACGCCCAUGAACAAUGCAGUCAACUCGAUUAAAAGUAUUGUUUAGAGACCAUGACCUGUGUUCAGUUUUUGCAUAAAUUCCAGCUGAUUUUGUUAAUGGCUGAUUUAUAGAAACGAAUAUGCUGCCUUUUAAGGACCGAGCAAACUGGAGCCCGGCUCAAGCGAGGGGUCAGUUUCGACAGAACAUCUUUCCAUCACUCCCGACGAGCGGUAUAUCAGCAGCUUUUACCCAAGUCAGCGUUCACAUUGUUCCUUCUUCGGCAGCAGGGCACUUCUCUGAAUUUUGCCGAAUGAACCAUGGUCCGUGCCCAAUAGUGCAUCAGAGCAAACCAGGAGAAGUGUCCGCUUCACCCAUAGCUGCUGAUUCGGACAUUCGGACAGAUCAGACAGCAUACGGGAUAUUUGAGCACGGAGUCCACACCAAAACCGUUACAGACAUACUGGACAUACCAUUUGAUGACUUUGUUGCGUUCUAUCUCGGCUGCAGCCACUCGUUUGAACUCGCGCUAACGAACGCUGGCCUUCCAGUUCGACACCAGCAGGUCGACAGAUCUGUGCCGAGCUACAAGACUAAGAUUCCUUGCAUCUCAGUGGGUCCCUUUUCGGGGAAUGUAGUCGCAUCGAUGCGCCCAAUGCCAAGGAAUCUAGUUCAUAGGGCCGCAGACGUGACUGCCGUUUUGGAACAAGUGCACGGAGCCCCUUUACACGUUGGUGAUCCUUGCUGGAUUGGUGUUCAGGAUCUUCUACACCCUGAAUAUGAUGACGAACCGAAUAUCAAGGAAGGAGAUGUAUGUAUGUUCUGGGGCUGUGGAACAACUGCAAUGGAGGUGUUAACCAAUUCAAAACUUCCCCUGAUGAUAAGCUUGAGCCCAACUGCGAACUGCUGCGAUUUCAUAACUGAUCUAAGCAACGAGGCUUUCAACAAGAUGCACACCCCAAAGAGCGGAUUUUUUCAAACUCGAGCCGUGUUCAUAUGUGAGCAGCCUGUUUUGGGCUCCUUGAUUUCUGACAAGGCAAUGGAACUCAUUCAGCAGCUGGAAACACUUGAUAAACACGAUGCAUUAAAACCAGUUAUCGAAGUCAACGGCAAACCGGACGAACCAGUUGAUUCUCUCAUCAAAGCAGCUAUGAGGCUCAGCCACGCUUCUUCCGUUGCCAUAGUAACGCUGGACGAUAUUUCUACCAAGGGAGGCUUCAGCGUGUUGUCGGUUAUCAAGUCUCUCAUGGCAACCCAGACGAAAGACAUCGUUCUGCUCGUUCCAGAAGAAAAACACCCAGAGUGGACAAAUGCCAUUAGCAGUUGUGUAGAUUUGAAGAUGUUAAAGAAGCCAGUUCGCGUCAGUACAUUUGAAACGUGUGGUCAAUGCUCAAAGGAAGAUACCUUGAAGAUUUUGCGUCCCUUGUUGUCCACUAUGGAUGGCAUAAAACCUGUUGGAGAUUGUUCUCGCAAAUUCACUGCACUGGUUGGGUGUGGUAAAGAAGGAGGUUUGUGGGUCGAAAGCGAAGCUGAACUGAUGGCAGACAUUGACGCUGCCUCGACUAAAACCUCUGAAUGCACUUGGCCUGGUGAAGUUCUCGCAGGAGCUUUGUACACGUUAAAAUGUUGUCCUGUCCAUUCUCGGUAUCUUCGAAAAGGCUUGGGGCAACACGAGCCUUUGCAGCAAAGCGAAUUCGUAAUGACGCCUAAAGAGCUUAGAACUCUGCUAUCCAAAUUUGAAGUAAAGUUCAGUACUGAAGAUGAGGAAGAUCUCGUUAAGAAGACGACCAUGUCAACAGCAAGCACAAUGAAGUGUCUCAAUAUUGAAGUUUAGGUUUUGCCGUUGAAUGAAGAUCAAGAUUAGUCAACUUCGACCACAACGCAUACUAUACUGCAUUUUUCACUUUGUACGCGUUGCAUACCUACAGCGUAAGCGCCUCCAUUUUCGUCUGCUGUCGAGGUCGGUUGAUUCGGCUUGAAAAGUGCGGCAUUUUCAUUUUAGUCAGAGAUAACCGAGUCUUAGAUUAGAUAAAUAAAAUAAAAAAUAAAAGACUUCAUUUAACCUGAAAGGCCAAUCAGUGAUCAGAUCUUGCUAUACAGACACGUGCUAAGUAUUACGAGAUUUAUUCACAAGAGUUAACUGAAUUCACAGAACUGAACAGAAUUUUUUUUAGAACCACGUGCACGCAAUCAGUACAAGCUCAAUUGUCAUAAAAAUACAUGAGAAAUAAAAUGCAUGAGAAAGAGGCACAUAUUCUUGUUAAGUUAAUUAUGUGAUAACCGUUGUUUAUGUUACAGUCUGUUGUACCUUACUUUUCAAUAAAAUAAGCUCAAGUUUGUAUCUUA